AUGGCAUUAAAAUCAGCUCAGAUUUUCUCAUUUACACCCUCAGAAAUAGCAUUUAUUGCUGAAUCAUCUCUAAUUGAAAUUAUUCCACUGCAAACAAUGGAUGCACUGCCGUUGAUCGGCGAAAAUAUUCCUCAAUUUAACCCGCCACACAGAGUAACAGUGCCUUUAUGGAUGGCUGUUUUCUUAAAGCGCCAAAAACGAGCCAAUAUCCUACCUCCUUCAUGGUUAUCUCAAGAAAUAUUGCAGGAUUUCCUUGAUGAAGAAAAUAAACCAGGAAAUGGCUUUUCACCGUUACCACUCCAGUGGCUUGAGAUAUCAAAUAUUUUGCUUGAAGUUGCUUCUGAUGAUAUGGAUCAACCAGAUCUGAUCCGCCGUCUUUUGCGUGACUUAAGAGAAACAAGACAAGGAAAAACAAGACAAGGACUCUCUUCUUUAAAUGAAACACAUCUUCAAAUGGACAAUCUAGGUUCUAUGGAAAUUAAUGAGAUUCGGCCUUUUUUUGCAAAAUCAAUGGAUCAGAUGCGGCGGCUUAACGCACUAAGUAUAGAUAAUGAAGAUAUGAUGAAUGAAAUGGAUGAAUAA